CUCCUUCUUCUUCUUCUCCUGCUCCUUCUUCUUCUGCUUCAACUUCUUUUCCUUCUCCUUCUUCCUCUCCCUCUCGUUCUCUUCUUCUUCUGCUGCUACACACCACACGUAUAACAUUUUUGCGUGAACUACAUGUAGUAGUUACCUGAUUACCGUUUUUAUAUUAUUCCUCCAGAUCACUUUUGGUUCUUGACUUGCAGCAAUGUGACCCAAGCUAGGGACCCAACAGCUCGGUGAAUAGUAUUCCCCACUCCCCGCGUUCGACUUCUUGGCUUGUAGCAAUGUGACCCAAAGCACCCAACUACUUGGUGAAUAGUAUUCCCUUGUUUGCUUUUUUUUUUUGCUCUUCCUUAUAUACACAUAGCACAGACGCUUCCCUUUAAUCUAUGUGACGCCACAACACCACCAUGGCACUUCUGUCGUCCUUCCACUAUGUGUGGAUGGCAAUAGCCAUACUUACCUCACAGAUGAUACCAAUAUCAGCUGAAGUUGCCACCUAUAUUGUUCACAUGGACUUAUCAGCCAUGCCGAGAGCCUUCUCAGGCCACCGCAGCUGGUAUACCUCCGUCGUCUCUGCCGCCGCCACCUCCGACUCGAUCUCUGCAGCCUCCAACCUCAUCUACAUCUAUGACAAUGCUAUUCAUGGAUUCAGCGCUCGACUCUCGCCAUUGCAGCUCCAACAGCUCAAGAGAUCACAUGGCUUCUUGUCGUGCUACCGCGACAUGCCGGUGACGGUCGACACCACCCACACCCCCGAAUUCCUCCACCUUAGUUCAGCUUCUGGUCUGUGGCCGGCCUCCAACUAUGGCGAGGACGUCAUAAUUGGGGUGGUCGACUCCGGGAUAUGGCCCGAGAGCGAGAGCUUCAGCGACUACGGCAUGACCGACGUGCCUGCCAGAUGGAAGGGUGUCUGCGAGCAAGGUACUACUUUCAGCUCCUCGGCAUGCAACCGGAAGCUCAUCGGAGCUCGAAGCUUCAACAAGGGCUUGCUCGCUGCAAACCCAAACCUCACCAUUGCGGUCAAUUCCCCGCGCGACACCGACGGUCACGGCACGCACACCUCCUCCACCGCCGCCGGAAAUUAUGUCCCCGACGCGUCCUUCUUCGGGUACGCACCCGGCACGGCCCGGGGGAUGGCGCCCCGUGCGCGGUUGGCCAUGUACAAGGCUCUUUGGGACGAAGGAGUCGCUACGUCCGACAUCAUUGCCGCAAUCGACCAAGCUAUAUCUGAUGGCGUGGAUGUCAUCUCCCUAUCUCUGGGCCUUGACUUCAUCCCCCUCUACAAGGAUCCCAUUGCCAUAGCCUCCUUCGCCGCCAUGGAGAAGGGGAUAUUUGUCGCGACCUCGGCGGGCAACAGGGGCCCAGACUUGCGGGUCCUGCACAACGGGACCCCCUGGGUCACCACCAUCGGCGCCGCCACCGUCGAUCGGGACUUCGCCGGCAUCGUCGAUCUCGGAGAUGGCAGCUCCAUCAUCGGGCAAUCACUGUACCCUGGAAGGCCACCUUCCACCAGGCAUCAUGCAUUGCCCUUGGUGUUCAUGGGGUCUUGUGGCAACGAAACCUUGCUGAAGAAUGCGCGUCACAAGAUGGUAGUAUGUGAUGCCAAGGAUCUCGACCUUGCCACCUUCCAAGUUGAGUCUGCUAAAGUGGAUGCUGCCCUCUUCAUAUCUGCAUCCUUGUUGAAGGACUAUUACGUGCAAUUCUCAUUCCCCGGGGCUAUCAUCAGGCCUCAAGAUGGCAAGACCAUCUUGAAGUACAUAAAUAAAAGCGCAGACCCGAGAGCCAUGUUGAGAUUCCGGAAGACCAUCCUGGGCAUAAAGCCUGCCCCCAUGGCGGCUUUCUACACCUCCAGAGGGCCCUCGGCGAGCUGCCCAACCGUGCUGAAGCCAGACAUUGUGGCUCCUGGCUCCCUCAUCCUAGCAUCUUGGGCGCAGAAUUCAUCGGUAGGGUUCGUCAGGUCUCAUGAAUUGUAUAGCCCAUUCAACAUCAUAUCAGGAACAUCCAUGGCCUGCCCUCAUGCAGCUGGCAUAGCUGCAAUGAUCAAGGGUGUAAGGUCGGAAUGGAGCCCUGCGGCGAUUCGAUCUGCACUGGUGACCACCGCAAACAAUUUGGGCAACACCAUGAUGCCAAUUAGAGACAUGGGAUAUGCCGAUCGGCCGGUGGCGACUCCGCUGGCUAUCGGGUCCGGUCAGAUUGAGCCCAACAGGGCACUCGAUCCUGGUCUUAUCUAUGAUGCAAGCACCGACGACUACGUGAGACUCUUAUGUGCCAUGAAGUAUACCAGCAAGCAGAUAAAGAUGAUCACCAAGACCUAUUCAUUCGAUUGCUCGAAUGCAUCUUUAGAUCUCAAUUAUCCAUCGUUCAUUGCAUUCUUCAAUCCUAACAAGACUGCUCCCAGUUAUAAAGUUGUCCAAGAGUUCCAAAGGACGGUGACAAAUGUGGGAGAUGCGGUGGUGACUUACAACGCCAAGGUGGUUGCUAUGAAGGGGAUUGCAAUCAGUGUCAUGCCCGAGAAGUUAGUUUUUCACGAGAAGUAUGAGAAGAAAAGCUUCGCUCUCAUUAUGGUGGGCCAGAUGGGGAAGAAAGCGGAUGAGGUGCUUCGUGGUUCAUUAAGCUGGGUGGAUGAUAAAGGGAAGUAUGUGGUGAGAAGUCCUAUAGUGGCAACUACCAUCAACUCAACCCGGUUGUAGUUUGUAAAGAUGAGUGCCAAUUACAAUGUCUCCUCUUCUUGUCUUUGCCUUCCUAUGGAAAUUGUUGCAAGUGAUUUACUAACCAAAAGUUUAAGUUGCAAGAAUAAAGAAAUUAAAUUCCCCAGCAGAAA